AACAGAGAAAGCAACAAUGGAUCGAGAAUGGGGAUCGAAGCCGGGGAGCGGCGGCGCGGCGUCGGCGCAGAACGAAGCGAUCGACCGGCGAGAGCGUCUCCGGCGACUGGCUCUGGAGACGAUAGACCUGGCGAAGGACCCUUACUUCAUGCGCAACCACCUCGGGAGCUACGAAUGCAAGCUCUGCCUCACUCUUCACAACAACGAGGGAAACUACUUGGCCCACACUCAGGGCAAACGCCACCAGACCAAUUUGGCCAAACGCGCCGCUCGCGAGGCCAAGGACGCCCCCGCUCAGCCCCAGCCUCACAAGCGCAAAGUCUCGCUUCGCAAAACAGUUAAGAUUGGACGCCCUGGCUACCGUGUCACCAAGCAGUAUGAUCCCGAGACCAAGCAAAGAUCUCUCCUAUUUCAGAUUGAAUAUCCUGAGAUUGAAGACCUAACCAAGCCCAGGCACCGCUUUAUGUCUUCAUACGAGCAGAGGGUACAACCGUUCGACAAAAGAUAUCAGUAUCUUUUGUUUGCAGCUGAACCGUAUGAAAUUGUUGCUUUCAAGGUGCCUAGCACGGAGAUUGAUAAGUCUACUCCUAAGUUUUUCUCGCACUGGGAUCCAGACUCAAAGAUGUUCACGCUGCAAUUGUAUUUUAAGUCCAAGCCGCCAGAGGCUAACAAACCACCACAGCCUGCUUCUGCAGCCAAUGGCACAGCAGCACCUGGUGCUCCACCAAGGCCUUUGCCCCCACCACCCCAAGCUCCACUGCCACCACCUCCACCUCCUCCACAAGGGCUACCUCCUGGUGCACCUAUGGCAAAUCCUCCUAGAGCUCCUCCACCUCCAAUGCCGGGAUCAAUGCCACCUCCUCCUCCUAUGGCAGCUAAUGGUCCUAGACCUGUGCCUUCUGGCGGAAUGCCAUCUGUCCCACCCCCACCCCCUGUUGCCAGUGGGACAGCUGGUUUCAACAUGGGUGGUAGACCUCCAUCAAUGCCACCUCCACAAGGUUUUCCUUCGCAACCAAUGCAGAACCAGGGUGUUCGUCUUCCUCCACCACCCCCUAAUAUGGGACAGUAGGUCCCAAGGCUUUAGGGGUAGAGCAGUGAGCAUCAUUGGAAGCCUUCAACAACUAUAGUAGAAUGUACCGUCCUUUAAGGACUCGUUGCUUUGUAUGUAAGAGGCUAGGUUUCAUAAGCAAUACAUUAAAUCACCUGUACACUCUUCUGAUAUUUAGUAUUGAUGCCUUUUGAGUAUUGACCGUGUCCACAAAGUUAGUUCUCAAUCUCUUUAUAUGGUUGGAAACUGGAAAGCUUCUUAAAGAUUAAUGCUUGAUUUGGCCAUUUUUUUAUGUAGUAGCAACUAUUUGACUAA